AUGUUUGGGUCUUUGGUUCUGUUCUGCCUGGUUCUGUAUAUCUUCUCUUUCCUCUUGGGGAACAGUAGAAGGGCGAACUUCCCCCCGGGUCCGAUGGCGCUACCCAUCUUUGGAAACCUGCUGGAAUUCAACGCCCAAAACCCCAUUCCAGACAUGAACCGUCUGGCCCAUCGCUACGGUAACGUCUACAGCCUGCUGUUUGGAAGCAAGAAGGUGGUGGUGCUGAAUGGCUACGAGGCUCUGAAGGAAGCCCUGGUCACCAAAGCUGCAGAUUUCUCUGCAAGACCCGAAGAACUCAUGAUCAGAGAUGUGGUUCAGCGAAAAGUGGACACGAUGGGCGUGGUCCUGGCGACCAACAGCCCCAUGUGGCGGGACCACCGGCGCUUUGGGCUCAGCACCCUCAGGAACUUCGGUCUGGGGAAGAAGUCCAUGGAGGACCGCAUCCUGCGGGAGGUUCAGCGGUUGGAGGGUAUCCUAGAGGAGGGCAUCGGUUCCAUCAUCAGUCCUGUGCAGCUGUUCCACAACCUGGCCUCCAACAUCAUCAGCCAGGUGGUAUUUGGGUCGCAUUACGACCACAACCACGACUUCAUCAAGAUGUCCAUCGCUGGGAUCAGGGAGACCGCCAAGAUCUUCAAUGGGCCCUGGGCCAUGAUUUACGAUACUAUCCCCUGGAUUCGGUACCUUCCGUUACCCUUCAGGAAAGCUUUCGUAAACGUGAAGAACAUUGAUGUGGGCACAAUGGAGAUAGUGUCUGAGCACAUGAAGACCAAGGUGAAGGGCGAACCUCGUGACCUCAUGGACUGCUACUUGGAUGAGAUGGAGAAGAGAGGCAGCUCAUCUUUUUCAGAAGAACAGCUGUCUUCCUUCGCUCAGGAUCUUCACUUCGCUGGAACCGACACAACCUCGAACACAUUGUUGUACGCCUUCCUCUGCAUGAUGGCCCAUCCCCACGUCCAAGAGCGGGGCCAGCAGGAAAUCGACUUGGUGCUCCAAGGGAGGGAGGAGGCAAGCUAUGAAGACAGACACCAGAUGCCCUAUAUGCAGGCUGUGAUCCAUGAGACUCAGAGAAUAUCGAACACGGUUCCUCUCAGCGUUCUUCACGCUACUGAUAAAGACACUGAGCUCAUGGGAUACUCCAUUCCUAAGGGAACGAUCAUCGUCCCCAACAUGGCCUCCGUGUUGUCCGAGGAGGGCCAGUGGAAGUUCCCUCACGAGUUCAACCCAGAGAACUUCCUGGAUGACCGGGGAGAGUUUGUGAAGCCGGAGGCCUUCAUACCGUUCUCUAUUGGUCCUCGCGUGUGCCUGGGGGAGGGCCUGGCUCGCAUGGAGCUGUUCCUGGUGCUUGUGACGCUGCUCAGAAGAUUCCAGUUCAUCUGGCCCAAGAAUGCUGGAGAACCAGACCUGAGGCCUGUGUUCGGACUCACCAUCAGUCCCCAACCCUUCAACCUGGAGGUUCGCUUGAGAGGGACAGAGAGGACUUGAUGAAAGGAAGAGAGAGAGAGAGAGAGAGAGAGAGAGAGAGAGAGAGAGAGAGAGAGAGAGAGAGAGAGAGAGAGAGAGAGAGAGCUUGAUGGGCAAGAGAGCGAGCUUGAUGGGCGAGAGAGCGAGCUUGAUGGGCGAGAGAGCUAGCUUGAUGGGCAAGAGAGAGAGCUUGAUGGGCGAGAGAGAGAGGGAGGGAGAGAGAGGAAGCGGGAGCGAGAGAGGAGAGAUCGAGAGAGAGAGAUUCUUGAGGACCUGUGAGUCCUUUUAUUCGAUGGAAGAACAAAAACAGGUCAGAUAAUGGUUGGGUUGGCUAUUCUUUUUGAAAUUAAAUCAUGUGAGAAAUGA